CCCGGUAUUCGUUCGAUUGUUUUACAGCGCGGGCGUUCGCUUCACCGAUACGACAAGCGGGUUAAAUAAUUGCAAGAGUAAACUAAUUACCGGUGACCUCUUCUCCUGUAGAGAUACAGGGGUACAGGUGAGCCGGCGCAACGUUCGCGCGGCGAGCCAUAAUUCCAGAUUCCGAACUCCUGCGUCUCUUUCUAUUGUCCCAAUCCCAGGACUUUCGCGCAAUCCCCGGGCGACCACGUAUCGGUGAUCGGCGUCGUACGGAUCGUGGCGAACUUCGUUUUGUUAAUUUUUUAUUUUUCGGUAUUUCGCCCUUUUUUCUUCUCCGGUGUGCCGGCCAAACAAUAAACUAGAAGCUCGGCCGCCGCUAAGGGCGGGGAUACAUUUGUUUUAAUCGGAAUGCCCCGGUCGCGUAUACGCGUUCCUGUUUUUCCAUUCCCAUUCCCAUUGCCAUUCCCUUCCCCAUUUCCUUUCUCGUACAAUUACAGUUCGGGGGAGCACCGCGCUCACAGUAGGAUGAAGACGGAGAAUGGAUCGUGGGGUACGUGGGGCGUCCGCGUCAUCAGCGUUCUCGUCUCUGGGACGAACAACAUUCGCGCCAUACUGGAUAUAUGUUGCAAGUUUCCCGACCAGUGGAGGGGUGAGUGGUUUCAAUCGGGUGUCCCACCAUUGGUUGCUGUAAACGAAACGACGAUCACGACAAAAGGGCGGUGCAUAGACUCCGAUGGUGAUAAGUUUCUCAUCGUCGAUCGGGCGUACAACUGCGAACGAUGCAUGGUCAUACACAAGAAACAUUCGAACGUACUCCAGUACAAGGAGACGUUCUGCCUCCAAUCGGGAAGUUCGAUCCUCGAUGCCUGUGCACAGUUGGCGGGAGACGCCCCCUUAAACUCGUUGUUCCGGUCGGGGGCAGCCCCGUCGAAGUGCCCCUUCGAAGGGCCACUCCACUUCAGCUACAACCGUGGCCAGGGUGAAUGUUCCAAUCCGCCCUCCUUAGCCGAAACUUGUACUCACGAGUCGAGGCUUUUGCUCCGUUAUCAAGCGUGUCACGAUGUUUUAGCGACCGAAAGUACAGUGGAGGAACUCGAGUGCUUGGCCACGUGGAGGGAGGGAAGUACGCGGUACUUGGUGGCCCGUCUGAACGGUGAGAGAUUGACAACCGACGAGGAUCGCUACAGGUGCUUCAUAUACGCCAAGAGUGGUAGAAAAUCUUGGAACUUGGCUCAGAGCGGGGAUGCCACCUGCAGCGGUGUACUUAGCGCAACCGAAGGUGCUAGGACUCUAAAGAUGACGCAGAGCGACUCGCCCGUCGGUUGCGACUUCCCUCACUGGGUCGUGUCCGCGGGUACCUGGGUGGCCCUCGACUUGGUGGCGCGUCUUCUGACGUCGCCGCGAAAUUUGACUAUCCUCGAUCAGGACGAGACGCGACUCGUCUGCCAUUCGGUAGUCAGCUCCGAUAUCCCGUCGUCGAGUAUACCGCAGACGGAGCGGAGAAUAACUUUCGUCGCGAAGGCGACGCGUGGCUGCAAAAACGGAUACGUUUGCCUAGUCUUCCACAGGAGGGAUGGCCACGUAAUAGAGAUGCAGCAAUCCGAGACGUGGAGUCAGCAGUCUGAGGACGCAUGUAAAACGAGCGGUUUCAAUCCACUUUCUGCUCCAUACACGACAUUCAUCACGUCCGAGCCAAUAUCCCAGCAGUGUCCUCACCUCGGUAGCUACAAGGUAGCUUCGUGGCGUUCGUAUCAUCCGUUGGACGAUGCGAAGGAGAUGCUGUUAGGUUCGGACGGAGAACACAGCGGGGGUGGCGAAGAAGGUGACGCCGUCGCCCAAGAGGUGAAAAUCACUCCACCCUCGCCCCCGUCGCCUACGCCGUGUCACCAAGACAGCGUAACCGGCUUGGACAUCGGCUGCCGAAGCUCCCAUCGCAUGGAAUUUGCGGCAUCCUGCACGGAUGAAGCAUUUUCCGUUUACUGGUGCCAUGGCAGUUGGGAGGAAAAUGGAACGGCGUACGUAGUCGCAAGCACGGAAGCGGCGCGUUACUGUCUCAUUUAUAGCGCAACGGCUGCAUCAGGUGGUAGUAACGAUCUCUCGGUUACAAAUCAUUUCGCUUCUUGUCCGAGGCCAACUCAUCCCCAUCAUCGACAGCACAUUUGGAAGGUCAAUCUCACCGCUUAUGCGCAAUGCGGGAAAGCCUCGUCUUCUUCCGUUUCGUGGAAAAUGUAUCUGUGGAGGGAAACAUUGUUUCGAAUUUUCCUGUCCACUCUGUACAGCAAAUACGUCGCGAGGUGAUUGUGUCGAAGCUUGGACUGAGUCUAAUGUUGACAACUGUAUAGUAAAUAUAACGAUAACUAAUUACUUAAUGAGCUAAGAAUUGAUGAAUAAGAAUAAAAAAAACAGAUGAAAUAAACCGUAAAGCUAAUAACCAUAGGAUAUAACUAUAAAUAUUGCUGUAAUUAGGGUGGACUUAUGAAGUUGGUGCAGAAGGACACGGGUACGAUGUUUCUCAGACUAACAAUUGUGGCAGACUUCAAGUUGUUCAUAAUUCUUUUACUCUCCUUUUCUGAAUGAAUGUUGAUAAUAAUCGUGGUGUUUAUCGAUGCCAUUUAUUCGAAGAGGGGGGAUUCUGGAUUUCCCGUCUAAACUUUCGAGGUGUCGAAAUAUUUGGCAUUUGCAAACAUGGCGGUUGCGUGGUAGGUAGAAUUGGCGCGGAGUCGUGUUGUUAUCCCGUACGUUUACAUUCGACUGUAUGAUUUUACGUGGAAGACAGGUAAAUCUUGCAAAAGAAAAGCCAAGUAUCAUUAGUUCGUCUUUCGCUCUUCGAAAAAUAAGUUCGAUGAAAAAGUGAAAAUAAAAGAAUGAAUAGGAAUUCGGAGGAAAACGAUAGGCAAAAUUAAAAAAAAAUACCGCCGUGUACCGCAGGAGUCGGUGAUGUAAACGUUUACUUUGAAUCGAUGUAUAUUAAAAUAAUAUAGGGUGCUGGGGCCAAUAAUAUAUGAAUUGAGUGUUGAUUCUAGAUUGAUUGUGAGCGACAAAAUUAUAUUUAUAAAACUGAGUCUGCUACGGUCGUAGGUCACUUGGGAGAAGUGUCGCUAUGGACGAAAUGAUACGUAUAGUACAGAUUUAUCAAGUUAUCAAUAUUGUGAUUAUACAUAGUAUUAUACGCUGAAUUCAUGAAUUUCGUUAGUAAUUUAUACAGUUAUAUACGAAUAAUAGUCGUACACGAGGAGUUGGACCGCGAAGCAGAUGACGAAUUGUACCGCAGCCACGCACGAUUCACACGGGCGAUUAGACUUUCUCGCCACUAUUUCAGAGUCUGAUUUGAGACUAAAAAUGGAUUAUUGCUCGUACGAAUCUAAAGUCAACGAUAUUCGCUAUUUUUCAGCAGCGUAUGAUCUCUACAUCCUAGAAAAAAUAAAGAAAAUGAAAAAGAAUAAGUAAAUAGAGAAAGAAAAUUAUUAAAAAAAUGACAUAUCGACAAAACAGUAGCGAAAAUAUAUAAUUACGACACACCAACUGUGAGAAUACGAAGUGUCACAGGCACACUCUUAUCGCUUGAUUGGAAACAGAGGAAACACUACUUCAAUAAGCAUCCCAUUAACGAUGUAACAAAUAGGAAAAUGAUUAGUGUUAAUCGACUUAAAUUAGUGAACCAUGACAAGAUAUGAAUAUUUUUGACUUGGAAUAUUUUACCUAAAACACUGAACUCGUAUAUUGACACUCAUUGCUCUUAAAUCAAUUGUACAUUAGCUUAUAAAUACUCCGAGUAAAUCUAUCAUAGUUGAUGUUGGCUGUAUAAAUUGUAAACUGUGAAUAGCUAAUGUGAUUAGCUGUGGAGUCUAUGCAGUAGUCUCGUUGCAAUUAUUUCAUUCGUGCCUGCGUCUUAGUUCGCGCAACGAACCAACGAGACAACUCUAAUGGAAGCUAUACUCCUAUAUAUAGACUCGAAUCACAAUCUGACCCAUGUAAAUAAAUUCCACUAAUUGACAUAGAAAUUUGUUGUUAUGUUUUUCGUAUGUUACAGAAAUGGACGUGGUAUUCGCCUCAAUUAAACGCGUGUUAUUAGUCUGCACCUUUUCUAAAAUAAUUCAUGAAAAUUUUUCACGCUUGCCCCAAGAUCGUUCGUAACAAUUGUCAUAUUUUUGGUCUCCUCUUUCCGAAAGACGAAUUCACUUCUCUUUGACGGAAGGAUAUGAACUUUAGACGUGAAAAUCGUGAGCGUACAUACCACGUCCUAUGAUCAUAUGAGUUCUAUGGUUUUAAGGUUGUCGGAUAUCUACGUUUUUCUGAGAAAAAAAACGCACAUUUUUUCCAAUAAAUCCGAAAGGGUCCUAAGCACAGUCGAUAUAAUAAUUGGCGUUAUAUGUAUGUAUAUUUUUCAAAAAAAAAUU